UCUUUCUCUUCCUCUCCCGCCUGCUCCACAUCUCCAUCUCCAUCUCCAGCUCCAUCAUCACGAUAAUGGCGACUCCUCUCUCCACCCUCCUUCUCCUCCUCUCCUCCUUCUUCACCGCCGUCCUCUCCCAAUCCCCAGUGCUUCAAGGUAUUCUCCUCGACUGCGGAGCUUCCUCUGCGUCCGAAAUCGAUGGCCUUUCUUGGAUUCCUGAUGAUCCCUAUACCUCUUAUGGCGUCUCUAAAAACCUCCCAAUCUCCGGCCUCCUUCCCAUCCUCUCCACCCUCCGCUCCUUCCCAUUCAAAGCCUCUGAUAUUCCUUGCAAGUUCUGCUACGCGAUCCCCGUUGUUCGCAACGCCACCUACCUCGUUCGCGCCACUUACUUUUACGGCGGCCCUGGAUCGCCGCCGGUGUUUGACCUGAUCGUCGAUGGGACCUUCUGGACCGUCGUCAACACCACCGGCGAUUAUGCUAACAGGUUGUCAUCUUAUUAUGAAGGUGUUUUCCGGGCUAGAGGGAAGCGAUUGAGUGUGUGCCUUGGAGUGAAUGUGUAUACGGAGUCCGAUCCUUUCAUUUCUGCACUUGAAGUGAUUCUUUUGGAGAAUUCUGUGUAUAACGCUACUGAUUUCAGUAAGAAUGCUAUGGGGCUUAUAGCAAGGAGCAAUUUUGGCAGUACUGGACCUACUAUUGGGUACCCUGAUGACAACUUCCGUCGAUUCUGGCAGCCAGUUGCAGGAAUUAUGAAUUCCACUAGUAGCAAUCAGACCAUAUCAGCAUCUGGUUUCUGGAAUCUACCUCCUGAAAAUGUAUUACGCACUGCCCUAUUAGCUGAUCCAGAUAAAACCAUGGAGCUACAGUGGCCCCCUGUGUCUCUCUCAAGUUCCAGCUAUUAUAUUGCUCUUUAUUUUGCAGACCCAUUGUUCAGCAGUUCAAGGACUUUUAGUGUCUAUAUAAAUGAAAAUAACUUCAUCAAUAACCUUGAGGUGACAUCAUCUGGUCUAAUGGUGUUUUCAUCUAUAUGGAAUCUUUCUGGUUUUACAAAAAUUACAUUACUUCCGAGAUCUACUCUUCCUCCGUUAAUCAAUGCUGCAGAGAUUUUUGGCCUUUUCCCUGUUAAAGGAUUAACAAUCCCUAAAGAUGUGAUUGCUCUUGAGAGCAUAAAGAAAAGUAUUCUUAAUCCACCAACUAAUUGGAUUGGGGAUCCUUGUUUGCCUCGUGAGUACUCAUGGACUGGAGUCACUUGCUCUGAAGGAGGCAAAAUUCGUAUUAUCAGCCUGAACUUGUCGAGCAUGGGGCUUUCUGGGACUUUGUCGCCUAGCAUUGGUAAUUUGACUGCAUUGACCAAUAUAUCGUUUGCAGAUAAUAACUUGACAGGACCUAUUCCAGAACUCAAUCGCUUAAAGUUGCUUGAAAAUUUGCAUUUGCAGGACAAUCAAUUCAUAGGAGAAAUCCCUCCUUCAUUCAGCAAUCUUAAGAGUUUACGGGAACUCUUUCUGCAGAAUAAUAACCUGACUGGUGUAGUUCCAAAGAGCCUGAAAUUAAAAGAUGGAUUGAUUCUCCAGCUAUCACCUGGAAAUAACUUCACUCAGACUCCAUAAAUGCACAAUAUAUUUUUCUCAAUUACUGCAAAUUCACACCUUCACUUCUUCGGUGUACGAUGGAUUUAAAUUCUUAAAUAUCUCAUAUACAAGGGCAAACCAAGCUUAGAGUUUGAUCGAAGUAAAGAAGUUAGACAAACAUGUUACCAGCUGGCAAAUGUAUAUAACUAUGUAUGUGUAGUGCAUUCUUUUGUUUUUAUUUUUAUUUUUUUGUUUGUUUGUAAUUUUUGCACAAUGUGUGUCCUUGUAAAGAACAUACCAAUUUACAUUAUUAUUGAUUGUAUUUAUUGAAACAAUAGUCAGAAUUUGGGCUUGG